UUGAGAGAGAAGCUGUGUUGCGGUUGAAAAAUGGCGCGAGCGAUGGAUGGGCAGUCCCUACAUCGACCUACCUCCUACCACCACCACCACCACCACCAUCAUGGGAUUCUUGAAAUGCAAGAGACUGCAACUUUCCAACCGCUUCCAAACCCCACUUCACCUAAGAUUCUCUUUCUUCCUAACCCUAAUCAUUCCCCCCAAAACAAUAGAUCUCCUUCCAUCCGAUCCCCAUGGCAGGAGAAAUACGAACGGUGUCGCCGCAUAUGUUCUUCCGCGCUUCUGCCUUCGCCGUUCUCCUCCUCCUCUCGUUGGAUGAUGAGAUCAGAGCUGUCGAAGCACAGACGGACAGCUGCGAUUCCGAUCUGAGCAGCUUCCUUCCAUUCCCUUUCAAUUCUUCCUCUGCUCUCACCUGCAGACCUGUUUGGAAUACGUUCGUCCUGCGGUACUCAAAAGCCCCAGAUAAUGUUUUGAACAUUGUACUAUCUGCCGUAUAUACCAGCGGAUGGGUUGGGUUGGGAUUUUCAAGAGAUGGAAUGAUGGUGGGUUCGAGUGCUAUGGUGGGUUGGAUUGGUAAAGAAAGCAGAGCACAUAUCAGACAGUACUUCUUGCGUGGUCAGUCUUCAUCGGAAGUCAGAGUAAACGAGGGCCAAUUGCUAGGCACUGAUGUUUCACCUGCUGUUGUUCUUAACGGAGCCACCAUAUACUUGGCAUUUCAAUUGAAGUUUUUAGCUCCUAUCACUCAGCAAUCACUCCUAUUCGCCUUUGGGGCUGCCACUCCUCACCACUACCGUUUAAAAGAACAUGAAGAUAAAACAAGUGUUUUCUUUGACUUCUCAGCAGGCACUUCGUCCAUUUCUUCCUACCCUCACCAGCUGAAGAAAGCCCAUGGAGCAUUGGCUAUAUUUGCAUGGGGUGUGCUCUUACCAGUAGGGGCAAUUUUUGCAAGAUACUUUAGGCAAUUUGAUCCACUGUGGUAUUAUCUUCACGCGGUCAUUCAGUUUGCUGGGUUUCUCAUUGCACUUGCGAGUUUGGUGGCUGGGGUUUCACUAUAUAAUAAACUGCAUGUGAAUGUCUUGGCACACAGAGGCCUUGGAAUUUUUGUCUUUGUGCUUGCUAUUCUUCAGGUGCUAGCCUUCUUCUUGCGACCUGAGAAAGACUCCAAGGUUCGUAGGUACUGGAACUGGUACCACCACUGGGUUGGAAGGAUUGCACUCUUCCUAGCAGCAGUGAAUAUCGUCCUCGGGAUUCAAGUUGGAGGUGCAGGAAAUGGUUGGAAAGGAGGUUAUGGGUUUUGCCUUGCUGUCAUCAUAAUCACAGUUUCUGUAUUAGAAGUGAUGCUGUGCCUCAGAGGACCCAAGAAGGCAGCUGAACCCCCAAGCUUCCAAAUGCCACCUCAAUAAGAAUUCCUGGAGGGAAAAGAAGGCGAUAUUGGAGAUCUCAAGGUAAAGGUCUGAGUUUUCUUCAGCAGAUGUUGGCAGCAUUCCUCCAAUAGAAUAUGUUGUGCACUAGUAUGCUAAGGCAGUGAUUUUGGUAGUGUUUUUGAGGUGUGCAUUUCCUGUGGAGAGUGUAUUUAAGGAAAGAGUGAGUAGUUGUUGUAUUGAUUUUAUGGAAAUAGUCACCUUUUUCUUUUCCCCUUUUUGUGGGGGCCGAAACAAUGCUGGUUCUUCCCUCACCCACCAGAUGAUUCAUUUGACAGAUGCAGAUAUAAAAUGUUAGAAUUCGUGUU